AUUCAGCCCUAAUCCAAUUCCGCGAGCAAAGUUGGGUUCUUCUCCUUCCAAGACUAGUUUCCCUCUACCACGGAUUCCAUAAACAAUGAAGCUCACUCUCGAAUUCGGAGGUGGGCUGGAACUUCUAUGUAACUCUGUGAAGAUCCACGAGGUCAGUGUCGAGCCAGCUGAAGGAGACAAGCAACUAACCAUGAAAAGGUUGCUUUCUUGGGUCCGCAUCAAUUUGAUCAAGGAGAGACCUGAAAUGUUCAUGAAAGGGGACACUGUGAGACCCGGCGUUCUUGUUCUUGUGAAUGAUUGUGAUUGGGAACUAAGCGGGCAGCUCGAAACUGUGCUGGAAGAGAAAGAUUCUGUUGUUUUCAUUUCGACACUACAUGGAGGAUGAAACGUACAUACGAAUCAUGCUUCUGGGAGUAAUUAAGCCAUACAUUAAGACCAGAUAAGUUUAAUGAUGUAAUGACAUUCUCAUUGCCAGAUGAUGGAGGAAUGAGGUACCAAAACUAUUAUUCAGUUCCCUUCCUCUUUUACUUCUUGCAUAAUGUUACUUGGUAAAUGCAAAUUGUGUGAAAUACUACUCAUAGUCAUGCAGUAUGUCCGUGUGGAGGUGGGCACGUUUGUCUUCCUUUUUUUCCCUAUACAAGAUAAAAAUACAUGCUUGAUUUGUUCUUCUUU